CAGUCUUCAAAUAUUUAACGCUCCCAUUCUUUGGUACUUUUUCCCAACAUUCAAUUCAAUUCAUUCCGCAACACCAAAACACAUUCAUUGCAUUCGGGUCGGAUCUCCCGACCCAUGGCGACAACCCGUACCCUCUCAGACCCCACCCUAGAUCUCCAAUCCAACAGUAAGCUAAACCAGCACCAAAGCGCUUCUCUCGACUACGAGACCGGCGGUUCGGACCGGUCCCGGUCCAGCUCGUUCCACGCCAGGCCAAACUCGCCCGCCACUCCGAGUCGAUCCCGUGCGGCGGCGGCGGAGGCGGCGUCGUUUUGGGAUCUGAAGGUGAAGAAGCGAAGGGCUGCGAAAGCGUGGUACAGUCGAAAGCGAGUGAAAGGAGCUGUGGCUCUGAUUGGAUUGGUGGCUUUGUUUUUCUUCGUCAAUUGGAUUAUGCUUUUGCGAUUGCAGGAUCGACGGCCUGAUCCUGAUUCUAAAACUCGGGUUUCGGAGAAUUCGGUUUUGGUUCAGGAAAAUUUGACAAAGUAUGCUAAAGGUAAAAGACCACAGAAAGGUAUUUACGGAAGGUUGUUGGCUUUGGCUGCCCAUGCCUUGGCUGAGGGAGCGAAUAAACGUGAGCCAAAAGAUUUGUGGCAGGAGCCAUUUGUUCCUGCUUCUGCUUGGAGACCUUGUGCUGAUCAACGUAACUGGGAACCUAGUGAGGGAAAUAAUGGGUACAUUUUGGUAACUGCAAACGGUGGGAUUAACCAGCAGCGAGUUGCUGUUUGUAAUGCUGUCAUGGUCGCGCGUUUACUUAAUUCAACUCUUGUUAUUCCCAGAUUUUUGUACAGUAGCGUAUGGAGAGAUGCAAGUCAAUUCAGCGAUAUCUAUCAGGAGGAGCAUUUUAUUAACUACUUGACUCCUGAUAUUCGGAUAGUGAAGGAACUUCCUAAGGAUUUGCGGUCAUUAGAUUUGGAGGCUAUUGGUAGUGUUGUGACGGAUGAAGAUAUCAUGAAAGAGGCAAAGCCAAGGUUUUACUUGAAGAUGAUUCUCCCUAUUCUAUUUAAAAAUAGAGUUGUCCAUUUUCUUGGAUUUGGGAAUCGCUUGGCAUUUGACCCUAUACCGUUUCAGUUGCAGAGACUUCGAUGCAGAUGUAAUUUUCACGCUCUGCAAUUUGUUCCUAAAAUACAAGAAACUGGUGCUUUGCUUCUUCAAAGGUUACGCCAGCAUGCAGGUGACACUGGGCCACUGGAUCAUUAUCUUAUUGGUCCAUCUGCAGUAUCAAAUAAGAAGGAAAGCAGAAGUCGUGCUAAGAAACCUUCCAGAUAUCUAGCUGUACACCUGAGAUUUGAAAUUGAUAUGGUGGCCCAUUCUUUAUGUGAAUUUGGUGGUGGUGAAGAAGAGAGACAAGAGUUGGAAGCAUAUCGUGAAAUCCAUUUCCCUGCAUUGACACAGAUCAAGAAGACCACAAAGUUACCUUCUCCUGCAGAACUCAGGUCAGAAGGCCUAUGUCCUUUAACUCCAGAGGAAGCAAUACUUUUACUUGCUGCUCUUGGUUUCAAACGUAAGACCCAUAUAUUUGUGGCAGGUUCACAAAUAUAUGGAGGUCAGUCAAGAUUGGCUGCUUUGACCAGCUUGUAUCCUAAAUUGGUUACUAAAGAGAAGCUGCUUUCAUCAACUGAACUUGAACCGUUCAUGAAUUUUUCAUCUCAGUUAGCUGCCCUGGACUUCAUAGGCUCCACUGCUGCAGAUGCAUUUGCUAUGACCGAUUCAGGGAGUCAGUUUUCAUCUUUAGUGUCUGGGUUUCGAAUAUACUAUGGUGGAGGGAAAAUGCCAACAAUACGGCCAAACAAACGCAGGCUUGCAAGCAUCUUUUUGAAGAACAACACUAUUGAAUGGCGUGUGUUUGAGCAGAGAGUGAGGAAGGCAAUUAGACAAACUAAACACGUCCAGACAAGACCAAAGGCGAGGAGUAUUUACCGGUAUCCACGAUGUAAAGAGUGCAUGUGCAGGACAGACUAAUGCAUUUCGUUUUUUUAUUUUUUAUUUUUUAUUUUUUUAUUUUUUAAGUAGACUAGGGUAUUUUCUGUGGUUCUAAUGUUAAAAUACUAAUUGUAAUUUAUAACAUUCAUUGUCAUUCUUUUGUUAUGAUUCAGGCUUUGUGCCGGUUAUAGUUUAAACCAUUGAAUGUUCAUUA